GUGGACGCCGAUGGCAAAUUUCCUGGAGAGCAGGAUGGCUUGAACAUUCCAAGCCUGGCAGAAUUGGACCAGGUGCUUCACGCUGCAGCCUCUCAGCUUCGACCAUGCCCCGAGCUCGUCCAAAAGAGCUUUGAGGGCGACACCGCGGCUGUGGCGCAGCUACUCGAGGAUGGGACAGAUCCCAACAGCAUCUGGUUGCGGGAGGAACGCUUAAAAGGAAGUGACGGUUGCUGCUCCUGCGCGAUAAGCUGGGAGGAGUACACGCCGCUGAUUGCAGCCUGCAUGGAAAAGCAUGGUGAGAUCUGUGAGUUGCUGCUGCAGCACAGUGCGACACAGUUGAACGUGGUGUGUUGUGGCCUUCAUGAGUUUGGUCCGUACAAGCAUUUCACCGUUUUGGACAUUGCGCGCCAGGUGAAAAGCGUGCUGCUAAAGCGCCUGGAAGAUGCUGGCGCCCUUCCAGCUGCGCAGUGUCCGGAACCUCCAUGGCCACGAAAUCCAAAGGAGGAAGCAGAGGAGGGGACAGCGGCUGCAGCCGAGGUUCCAGCUCCUCUAGCACAACCUCCUGCCGUUGCUGCGGCCACCAAGGGAUUGGUCACCGCCAUGCAAGAGCAGAGGUUUCAUUCCAUCGAAGCUCGAACGCGUGUGUUCAAGCAGUUUAUGCUGGAGUGGCAUCCAGACAAGAGACCUUCGGCGGAACGUGCGACAGCUACGGCAGUGUGCCAGUGGCUUCUCGGACCGGCGCAGGUUUUUCUUGGCAGCUGA